UGCCCCGCGACGGCGGCGGCGCCGACGACGACGGCGGGGGCGGUGGUGGCGGGAGACGUCGUGACGCUGACGACGCCGCGGCCCGACACCGAGCGCGUCACUAACGAGUACGUGGAGACGCCGUUCCGGCCCGCGACGGCGGCACCGUUGCCCGCCGCCGGCAAGCUGGCCGCCGCCCCCAAGCAGCGGCACCACCCGCUGUCCCUGCAGCUGCCGCCGAGCCGCGACUCGGCCCGCGACCACCAGGCGCUGCACCUGCCCGUCGUCGUGGCGCCGGGCAAGAGGCCGCAGCUGCCGCCCGCGCCGCACCAGCACGCGCACCUCCUCCACCACCACCACCACCACCACCACCACCACCACCCGCACACGUUCGAGAAGGAGGGCCGCGGGUACCCGGGGCCGGCGGCGGCGCUGUCGGGCGGCGGCGCGGGCAGCCCGCCGUCGGGCUCCGCGUCGGGCUCGUCGUCGCCGGGCGGCCGCGGCUCGGACGGGCGCGUGGUGGCGGCGCUGGGCAGCCUGGGGCCGGCGGGCGGCGUGCCCGACUGCUUCCGCGGCUCCAUCAUCUGCCCCGAGUGCGGCCGCUGCCGCUGCGAGUCGUGCCGCAAGCCGCGCCCGCUGCCGUCGCGCUGGCUCUGCGACAACUCGUGCUACUGCUCGGCCGAGACGGCGCUCGACUACGCGACGUGCCUGUGCUGCGUGAAGGGGCUGUUCUACCACUGCUGCCGCGACCACGACCUGGAGGGCGCGGACGAGCCGUGCGCGUGCGGGCCGCCGCGGUGCGCGGCGCGCUGGGGCUGCCUGUGCGCGCUGUCGCUGGCGCUGCCCUGCCUCUGGUGGUACUGGCCGCUGCGCGCCUGCCUGCGCCUCUGCGAGGCCUGCUACCGCCGCCACAGCGCCGCCGGCUGCCGCUGCCGGCCCGCCAGCUCGCUGCUGCUCGCCGCCUCCCCGGACUUCUGACCUAUUUAUUUUUGUACCACUUACGCUCUAGUGUCGGCCGUAUCAGGGAUUAUACAUAUAUAUAUAAAUAUAAAUACAUACUCCUUUCCUCCAUUUGUAACGCUUCCGGAAAGCGAGGCGGAGCAAAAAAAAAAUAACAAAAAAAUGUCAGUGUAUACGUGGGCGCGCGCGUGUUCGUGUGUAUGAGAGUGAAUGAUCGACUGUACACACUUGCUUGCGAGAAAGAGAAAGAGACUGCAGUUUCGGACCGUGAGGCGCUAUCUUUCUCCGUCGCUGCCGGGACUCACUUUGGCAGCGAGCACUACCGUUUUUCUCCCGUCGUCCCGCCUGUCUUAAUCGACGCCGGAGCGACGGCCCGUCUUCUCCUCUCACCCUCCCCCCUCGUCCUCCCCUCCGCCGUCUCCUUCUCGGGGACCGUCUCCGGUCUCCGGAUUCGAUAACUAGCGCCCAGGUCCCGGCGGGAUUUCGCACCGAUCGGAAUCGGCCGUUCGAUAUUCCGGUCCCUGCGAAAUGGUGCCUUACCUGUUUGUCUACUGUUCGUCAAACUUAAUCGACUCUCCCACCCCUCUUGGCACUCUCACCUACACACACACACACACACACACACACACACACACACACACACACACACACACACACACGAAGUCACUACAUAGGUAACCUCACUUUGGAAGGCAAAUAUCGGAAUAAUUUUAAAAAAAUGUCACAAUACAUUACAGUACUGAACUUGCAUUUGGAUGGCAGUGGCAGUCGAGUUGUUGCGAACAGUCAAGCUCUAGUUUUGUGGGAUCUUUUUUUGUAAAGUGUACGAGAAUGUAUCGUGGUUGCAAGUUCCUAGAUAAUAUCUGAGAAUUGGAGUGGGUGAUGCUUUUUUUCUUCUUGUAUUUUGGGUCGGGCCGCUUUCAUUUUUUAAAAAAUCCCAAACAGGCAGCGGCGUAACGGUCGUUUCACGUACAGGCACCAGCUCUGUACGUUUCAGAUACGCACACACAAACAGGCACGUAGAAAGUGAGCGGCUCGUACAGUAGGUUUCCGGUCGAGGGACGUAUCGGGCAGUCGGGAAGUCUUUUUUUUUUUUGUAACUCGUAUAUGACGCGUUAAUCGUCAGUUGUAAUAAUUUCAGCUUUAAAUCAAACAAAAUCUAAAUAAAAAGUCUUUUUAUAGUCGAAACAAAUGGAACUAACUGUUAGUCAAUGUUUGUAUGUAGGGAAGAACUAAAUUUUAUCUACACGUAUCACUUAUGUUUCCUCUUGCCACAGUUUGUCAUUCCACCUGUCAAUCGGACGGGGAAAGGCGCAUCGGGAAUGUCGGUCGUAUUUUGGAGUAGCCGUCUAGGACGCACUGGAGUCCAAAUUACUGGCACACGGGGGAAGCAGCGAUGAUAAGUUUGUAGAUAAUUAUUUCUAACUGUAUUUAUGUAAAUUUGAAAUGUUCUGUAUAAAGACUAUAUAAUUUUAAUUUAUUUUUUGCACAAACACAAGAUUGCCAAACAAUUUUGUGUUUCGUUAAACAUACAAAAAUAUGGGGUACAAACUUGAAAUAACUCACCUAAUCUUACAUUUUCCUUUCAUUUUUGUCAGACUUUUAUUUUCAAAGGAUUUUUAUAGUAUUCUGAGUGAUUUUAAGCCGCUUACCUGUGCUGUCAAAGGAUGCGUCAUAGCAAACCAAAAUGUUGUUUAGUUUCUGGUCGCAUUAUGUUACUCACUGCCAUUAUUAGCAAAAAUGAGGAAAAAAGUGGCCUUCCUUUGGUUCUGUUUGAUUAUUUUGGGAAGUUGAUGGAUUGCAGACAAUCUGAAAUAUAUUUUGCAGUUUGGUGUAAGGUUAGUUAUUUGUACUCUAUGAAACAUAAUAUUAUGUGCUAGGAUUGUACCAAAGAUG